AUGAAUCCAUGCCCUGCCUCUGCUAAAUGUGUCAACACGGAAGGAGGCCACAAAUGCUCAUGCCCUCGUGGUAGGCGACCAAAAGCUGACGGUAGUGGUGGAUGCGAGAUAGAUUACUCCAUGCCUGCAAUCGUUGUGUUACAUUUGUCUGAAACCAUAUGUAUAUUCCCACACUACAGGUGGCAGCGUUGGUGUGGUUGUGCUAGCUAUGGUGUUGUCUUGCGCCUACGCGGUCCAAGAGAAGAAGCGGCUCGCCGCCAUCAAGAAGAGAUACUUCCGGCAGCAUGGCGGUCUCCUCCUCUUCGAGGAGAUGAAGCAAUCACGGCAGGGGCAGGACUCUUCGCCAACAUCCUGCUCGACGAGAACUACAACGCCAAGGUGUCGGACUUCGGCGCGUCGGUGCUGGCGCCCUCCGACGAGGCGCACCUGGUGACGCUGGUGCAGGGCACGUGCGGGAAGGCGCUGGCGCUGGCGGCGCCCGAGGAGGAGCGCAGCCUCGCGGCGCAUUUCCUUUCCUCGGUGAAGGACGGCAGGCUCGACGCGCUCCUGGACGCGGGGAUCAGGGGCGAGGUCGGCGGCGAGGUGCUCGGGAUUGUUGCGAAGCUCGCGAAGCGUUGCUUGGAGAUGUCCGGCGAGAAGAGGCCACCCAUGCGCGAGGUCGCCGAGGAGGUUGACAGGGUAAGGAAGCUGUGGCGGCAGAGAUGUUUCGGUGAAGUUGCUGUGCUUGUUAGUGAUGAUAGGUGA